UUUCUAUUAAUAAUAAUUACAUAAAUUUAAUAUUUAUUUAGUAUUUAUUAUAACUUAUUAUUUAACAGUCUGAAGUGAUCCUUUUUCAAUAAUGCCAGAAAUAGACUUUUAGAAAACGUACAUUAUAAUAAAUUGCAAUAAAAAGAUCGAUGCGAUUAGCCAGAAAAUUACUUUUACCAACCUUGAUAAUUUGAAAUAAUUUGAUAACGACUUUGUUAAUACACAUUAAUAUCAAAACAAUAGAAUUACUUUAAAGCAGAAUUAUUUUUGUAUCUUUAUAUAUUAGAUCGUGAAUGUUUAUGUAAAUUCACAUUUUUACGAACAUAAUGUGAAGAAACGAGAUCUAGAUAGAUACAUACAAUUCUUCGGACGGUACAACUUUAGAGUAAUUUACGCUGAAUAUUUUUUGCAUUUGCUGUAUGUUAUAUACAUUUAAGUUUCUUGCAACAGAAACAAUUCCAUAAUUGACGCAAAAUUAUUCCACGCGUCGAAAUUAAAAUUCAUCGCCGAUCUAACGUUGGAAAUAAGCAAGACUAAUUCAUGUGCAGCUCGUCUCGUGGAGAAGCAUAGUUUCUUUUUUCCUUUUUUUUGUUUUAUCGUGAAAAAUAUCCAUCGUCCGUGAAACGCACCUGCUGCGUCCGAGGAAGGGCAGUGUCCGCGAAUGAAGUAUAGUGAAGGCGUCAAAAUCAUAGGAGAGGGCAUGGGGAUCGGAGCGUGAGCUACGCAGGAGAUGUCGACAAGAUGACAGCGGUUGCAUGACCCUCGUCUCGUUGUUCCUUCGGAGUUAACGUUGUGGCGUGUGACCAGGUGGGGAAAUCGUUUCGCGAACGAAACGAACGACUUAUGCCUCGUUACGGCAGCACGUCCGUUUCAAUAGAUUCUCUGCGUCGGAACGAGAUCGUAAUCAGGCGAAUUCGGGUAAGAGCCGCGAUCGCCGCGCCCGUGAAAUGUACACAGCGGCCUGAAUCGUGCCCGAGAUCAUCGCCAUCCCCGAGGAGUCCACCCUAUAAACGGUCUGGAGUGAAGUAAUGAGCGUUUUCGGGGAUUUCCAGCGUGUCUGGGUACAAAGAUUCCCGGACAGCGCCUUGCCGGCAGCUUGGGAAGAGGACGUCAGGGCCAACCUAGUCAAGCAUAAACAGAAGGUGACUGCUUUGAGAGAAGAACUUGAAAAAGAGGAAUUUUAUGUAGAAUAUUUAGAAAGAUUAUUGGCUGAUGUUGAACGUCAUAAACAGUUGGCAAAUAUCAAUAUUGCAACCACACCUGACAAACAAUCUACAGAAUCUCAAAAUCAACAUAGUUGCCAAGUAACAGAGAAUAAUUUAACAGAUUCUACAAGCUCCUCUAAUGUUCAACAUGUGGAAUCAUCAGCUCCACCUCUGCCUGCUCGUGAAGACAUAAGUAAAUUUCAGGACAAAUGUGUUUCUGAACUGAGUUCUACUCUUAAUACAAGUAAAAGACCCAAAAGUGAGAUACCAAAAAGUCCUGAUAAAGUGCCUGAACUUAGAAGAAACAGUGACCCAGAUGUGCCAAGUAAUUACGUCACUGUAAUUGAAGUGACAGGAAGUUCAAAGAAAGAUAAAAAUGAAGAAUCUCUUAAAGAGGAAGAUGAAAAAGAUUUAGAAAAUGCAGUUAAUGAAGAUGGAGAAGAUGGUGAUGCGGAGAUAUCUGAAGAGGAACCUUACUAUGAUUCUGUAGCUUUAGACCAAACAGGAGAAUAUGUAUAUAUUGAUGCACGUGUUCCACCUGUCGGAAAUAAUAAUGGCAGUAAAGCACCACCAAGGAGACCACCGUCGUUACCUGACUCUCCAGGGAAUCAGAGCAAUUAUGUCAACAUUGAUUAUUUUAUACAACAUCGAGCAGCAAUGGAUAGCGAAGAUGAAGAGGGUGCAAGUCCUGCACCACCAAUUUUAUUACGCGCUCUUAGCACCGAUAACGAAACUGGUAGUAGCGAUGCGGAACCUUUAAGUCUAAGUGAAGGUAGUUUAGAAUCACCAACACCAACUACACCUCGUCGGCAAGAGAAAAGUAAAGAUCGUGAGGAUGAUAGAACGUCUAUGAUUAAAUGUAUUGUAAACUCGGUGGUAGAGAGUGAAACUAUUUAUGUUGAGUGUCUAAAUGUAAUGUUACAGUACAUGAAAGCCAUCAGGGCGACAUUAACAACAUCUCAACCUGUUAUUUCUGAAGAUGAAUUUGGUACGAUGUUUUAUAAGAUUCCAGAAUUACAUGCACUACAUCAGACAUUUUUAGACGGUCUCAGAAAGAAACUAGACAAAUGGGAUAGUAAAACUACUAUAGGUGAACAAUUUAAAAUAAUGGCUAGCAAUAUAGGAUUAUACGGAGCUUUUUUACAUAAUUAUGCUCGCGCUACUGAUACCGUGCGAAGGUGUUCUGCACAUUCGACUCAAUUCGGUGAAAUUACAAGGGAUAUAAGACUUAGAGGAUUUCCAAAAGGACCCGGUUUAUCUCUUGAAGAUCUUCUACAUAAGCCGGUAGCUCGAGUACAAAAAAAUGCGCUAGUAUUGCAUGAUCUUCUUAAACACACGCCAGUGAAUCAUGCAGAUCAUGCACCACUUUCAGAAGCUCUUGCUAUGACAAGAAAUUUUCUAGACGAAUUUAAUAUUAUCCAAACAAAGUCAAUGUUUCCGAGUCAUGAUAGAGCACAACGGAGAUUAGUGAAAAACUCAUUUGUGGUAGAGUUAUCUGAUGGUCAUAGAAAGUUGAGACAUCUUUUUCUUUUUAAUGACGUAAUUGCCUGUGCAAAGUAUAAAGCUUCUGGUAGAGACAAAUUUACAUUUGAAUUAAAAUGGUAUGUACCAGUGGCAGAGGCAGUAGUGACAGAAGAUGGCGUUGAACCUCGUGAAACUAGUCCAGCUAAUGUUGUAGCUUUGAGAUCACAAGCGUGUACAGUACGUGAUCAGAUACUUUGGGAAGAACGAAAUGAUGAGAAACGAAUUAGACUCGGUGGUAGAGGUUCAGAAAAAAAUAGGAAGAAACUUGCUGAGCUUGAAGCUCAGUUGGUAUUAGCAUCUCCAAAUUUAGUAUUACGCGUUGCGCAUAAAAGUCAACAUCGAGUUCAAAACUCGUACACAUUUUUUCUAUCCAGUGAAUUUGAACGUUCUCAAUGGGUUGAAGCAGUGGAGGCAUUGCAACAGGGUGGACAACCUCCAGGGCCAUUACCUUUAUCAAUGUACGAAUUACAGGCUUGGGUUACAGCUUGUCGUACUUAUCUUCAAACAGAUAUGGGAAGUUAUUUACUGAGAUCAGGACGCGAUGAAAGUUUAUUACUAGGCGACCUUCAUUUAACUUUGCUUGGUUUGACACCGCCUGGUUUAGAUAGAGUAGGAGAUCUUUACAUUAUUGUAGAAGUUGAUAGUUAUGGACAUUAUUUUAAACGAGCAAGAAGUCGAGUUGCGAGAGGUCAAGCUCCAACUUGGGGCGAGACAUUCGUUGUGGAAUUGGAAGGAAGUCAAAAUGUUAGAAUUUUGUUGUAUGAAGAGUGUGGAACGCGUUCUGUAUUACGUGGCAAAUGCAUACAAAGAUUAAGUAGAUCUUGGCUUCAAUCGGAUCAAGUAGAGAGGUCAUUAAAUUUAGGUCCAGCUACGUUAGACGUGGCUCUUCGUUUUGUUCCAAGUGAAGUGACAUUAAGACGGGUACCAUCUGCUAAACCUCAAGGUUUAUUUGGAGCUAAAAUUCAACAAGUGUGCAAACGUGAAAAACGCGACGUUCCUUUUAUUGUAACUGCAUGUGUUAGGGAAGUGGAAAGGAGAGGGGUCGGAGAGGUGGGAUUGUAUCGCGUUUCUGGCUCAGCUUCCGAUCUAACAAAAUUACGUAAAUCAUUUGAAAGCAAUUCGUAUGAAGCAGAACAACUGCUUAAAGAGGUUGACGUUCACUCUGUAACAGGUGUGCUCAAGUUAUAUCUCCGUGAAAUGCCAGAAGCUCUCUUUACGGAUGCUCUUUACCCAGCGUUUUUAGAAGCUUUUCAAACUGGCGAGCUAUCAAAAGGUGCUGCUCUUAGAAGAGUAUACGAAAGUCUGCCAACUGUGAACAAAGCGGUCAUCGACUUUCUACUUACUCAUUUAAUACGAGUUAAUAAACACGAGGCUCAAAAUAAAAUGUCUUUGCACAAUCUAGCGACGGUAUUCGGACCGACGCUUCUACGCCCUGGUACGAAUUCGCGAUCUGAUGCAAAAAGUCGGGAUCCAUUAGCUGCGGGAACGGUGGACGUGAUGGCACAGGCCGGUAUACUUUAUUGUUUCUUGCAAAUGCAUAUGCAACAGAACAAUCAAUCACUCUAGUCGGAGAGAUCCUUGUUGAUAUAUCGUAGCGUUAGCUGCUUUUCGCGAGUCUGAUUAAAAAUCAGGCUCGUAGCAACUCACGUUGUAAUGUAAUAUUAAUGAUUUUUUAUAAUAUAUAUUUUAUUAGUUUUGUGACGUAUCGUUUAUACAACGCUGAAUUAGACGCAUAAGUAGACAGGCUUUGAAAAAAUCUUGAUGGGUGAAAUUCCUUCUGUAUUGGUACGCAUACAUAACAAUACUACAAUAAUGUAGUAAAGUGGACUUAAAAAAAUACGUAUUGUACUUUAAACUCUUUAAUAUAUAUUUUAUACUUAUAUAUGCGCGAAAUCAUAGCCGCGAUUUCUUGUUACAUGAUGAUUCUACAAACUUUUCCAAAAAAGAAAGGAAGCUAUGUUAAAGGAAAGAUUUCUCCCAUGAAAGAGAGGGUGUGAGAGAGUGAGAAAGAAAACGAAACAUAAAUAUGGAAGUCCGGUCGUUAACGCAUCCACACUUUAGAAAAUAAGUACUUUUUCUAAUGGAGUGUGUUCCUAGCAGAGAAUCUAAAUUUUUUUACGUAUAUGUCCACAAGAAUGUCCACGUAUUCAAAAUAAUCACGUUCCUAAACAUUUCAGGAAGCACGUUCCUCAAAAUGUGCAAAUCAAAGCUUCUAAUAGUAUAUGCAAAAUGUACUGGCUAUAUUCCAUUUUGUCACUUAAUAUUUAUGUUUUCUAGGAAAGCCACAUUUUUUUGCCAAAUCUAUUCUUUAUUGUAAGAAUAUUUUGAAAGAAAUCUACAUUCUCGAAUUUUUGUAAAAAAUAUCACGGAAUAACUUAAAAUCAAGUUUUUAAUAUUUAAGCUGUGGUUAGACUCAUAUUUGUCUUUUAUUCAAUAAUAAUAACUUUGAUAUUUCAAAGAUCUAUUCAUAAAAUUCAAAAAGAAAAAUAUAUUCUUCCAACACUUUGAUAAAUUAGACAUACAUAUUUUGUAUAUGUAACUUUAAAGUAUUAUAUUUUAUUAUUAUAUACAUAUAUAUACAUAUAUAAUAUAUAUGUGUGUGUACAUUCUUCUGCCAUAUUGUCAGUGAGACAUAGAAAUCGUUUUAAUCAAUUUUUUUUAGCAACCAUUUUUUAGAUUUCCUUUUCAAAUUAAGUUUUUAAGUCUAAGUGCAGCUUAAUUAAAUAUCAAAGAGAUGAAUUCUCUCUCAUAUCUUUAAUAUUUUGCAAAUUUUGAACAAAAUUUUUUCACUUUUUAGCUAUCAAAUAACUAUAUCAUAGUAUUAAGCAAUGGUAUUUUUCUAUUAUUACGUAACCAAGUUACUUAUGAACAUCUUCAUGUUCACUAGGUUUUUAGAAAUAUUGCUUUUUAU